CAAACAACUGAAGAAAAAAAAAAAUACAUUUGUUUAAUCAUCUGGUCUCGAAAGAUAGAUGAUGGACAGCUUCUUCCCUCUAGAUUCAAUUCCGAUUCGUCUUCUCAGAACCCACUCUCCUUCGUAUUCCCUCUGAUCAUCCAACGAUCCUCCUCAAAAACGACGCCGCAUCUUCCUCUCCUGCGGCUCCUAACAUGGCUGAUAGGAGAAACAGGUGUAACCAAGUCCUGCUUCUAGCGUAUCAGAGCUUCGGCUUAGUCUUUGGAGACUUGAGUAUCUCUCCUCUCUACGUCUAUAAAUGCACAUUCUACGGUGGACUGAGACACCACCAGACCGAGGACACCAUCUUCGGCGCCUUCUCUUUGAUAUUCUGGACCAUCACUCUCCUCUCACUCCUCAAGUACAUGGUCUUUGUACUAAGCGCUGAUGACAAUGGCGAAGGAGGGAUCUUUGCUUUGUAUGCUUUGCUCUGCAGACACGCGAGAUUCUCUUUGCUUCCGAAUCAGCAAGCGGCUGAUGAGGAGAUCUCCACCUACUAUGGCUCUGGUGAUGCUACUAGAAACCUGCCUUCCUCUGCUUUCAAAAGCCUUAUUGAGCGGAAUAAAAGAUCCAAGACUGCUUUGCUUAUCUUGGUCUUGGUGGGGACUUCCAUGGUGAUUACCAUCGGUGUCCUUACACCUGCCAUUUCAGGUAAAUCAAGCAGCCUUUCUUCACACCUGUUUUGCCAUGGUUUAGCAAUUCUAACACUAUUAUCCUCGUGUGUAGUCUCUUCCUCUAUUGAUGGCCUUGUGGCGAAAACAAGUCUCAAGCACAGUACUGUGGUUUUGAUAGCAUGCGCUUUGCUGGUUGGGCUUUUCGUUCUGCAGCACCGUGGCACAAAUAAAGUUGCCUUUUUAUUUGCACCUAUAAUGAUUCUGUGGUUGUUGUCGAUUGCAACUGUUGGCGUCUACAAUAUUGUGACUUGGAAUCCUAGCGUAUACAAAGCUUUAUCUCCCUACUAUAUUUAUGUAUUCUUUAGAGACACGGGGAUAGAUGGAUGGCUUUCCCUUGGAGGCAUUCUUUUAUGCAUCACAGGAACUGAGGCUAUCUUUGCUGAACUUGGUCAAUUCACAGCUACAUCUAUACGGUUUGCUUUCUGUUGUGUUGUUUACCCGUGUCUGGUGCUUCAAUACAUGGGCCAAGCUGCGUUUCUAUCAAAGAAUUUUUCUGCUCUACCUACAAGCUUUUACGAUUCCAUUCCAGAUCCAUUUUUCUGGCCUGUUCUGAUGAUGGCUAUGCUGGCUGCAAUGGUCGCAAGCCAAGCAGUCAUAUUUGCCACGUUCUCGAUUGUCAAACAAUGCUAUGCAUUGGGAUGCUUCCCGCGCGUGAAGAUUGUUCACAAACCAAGAUGGGUCCUUGGCCAAAUUUACAUCCCUGAGAUCAACUGGGUUGUCAUGAUCCUCACUCUCACCGUUACCAUUUUUUUCCAAGACACUCGACACAUAGCUUUCGCUUUCGGGCUCGCCUGCAUGACUCUAGCCUUUGUGACAACUUGGUUGAUGCCUCUCAUCAUCAACUUCGUCUGGAACCGUAAUAUCGUCUUCUCCGUCCUCUUCAUCCUCUUCUUCGGGACAAUAGAACUCAUCUUCUUUGCAUCAGCCUUGGCCAAAAUCCCUAAAGGAGGCUGGAUCACUCUCUUACUUUCCCUCUUCUUCACCUGCAUGACAUACGUAUGGCACUAUGGCAGUAGAAAGAAGUACCUAUGCGACCAGCACAACAAGGUCCCUAUGAAAUCAAUCCUUAGCCUCGGCCCGAGCCUUGGGAUCAUCAAAGUCCCUGGGAUGGGUCUUAUCUAUACAGAGCUGGCCAGCGGCGUUCCCGCCACGUUCACUCACUUUCUCACAAACUUGCCAGCAUUCUACCAAGUUGUCGUCUUUGUCUGCUGCAAAACUGUCCCCAUCCCGUAUGUACCGCAGAAAGAACGCUACCUUAUCGGCAGGAUCGGACCAAAAACAUACAGGAUGUACCGAUGCAUCAUCCGAGCAGGUUACAAAGACGUGAACAAGGACGGAGACGACUUUGAAGAUGAGCUAGUGAUGAGCAUCGCUGAGUUUAUCCAGCUAGAAUCCGAAGGCUACGGCGGCUCAAACACUGACCGUUCCAUCGACGGUCGCCUGGCUGUUGUGAAAGCCUCAAACAAGUUCGGUACAAGGCUGUCUCGGUCUAUAUCCGAGGCCAACAUCGCAGGCAGCUCGAGAUCGCAGACGACGGUGACAAACAGCAAAUCCCCGGUUCUGCUGAGACUGAGAGCAGAGUAUGAGCAAGAGCUUCCGAGGCUGAGCAUGAGAAGGAUGUUCCAGUUCAGACCAAUGGACACUAAGUUCAGACAACCGCAGGUGAAGGAGGAGCUGUUUGAUCUGGUGAACGCUAAAGACGCUGAAGUGGCUUACAUCGUUGGACACGGCCACGUGAAGGCGAAGAGGAACUCGGUGUUUGUGAAACGGCUGGUGGUGAAUGUGGCUUACUCGUUCUUGAGGAAGAAUUGCAGAAGCCCAGCUGUGAUGUUGAAUAUUCCUCACAUUUGUUUGAUAAAGGUGGGCAUGAACUAUUACUUGUAAGUGAGUGAUUACAAAGAAUGUCUAUUGCUAAAUUGUCUGUGAGGUUUUGUUGUUUUGUUUGAUGGUUCGAGAUUCGCGAAUCUGGAUAUGGUGAAACCAAUACGUUUUUCUUUUGUAAUAAGAAUAUUUUUUCUCUCUCA